GGAAAAGUACGCAUGCAUUGCAAGGCAUGCUGUCGACCAUGAGUAGUCACCGGAGGUUUGACAGGGAUGGCGCACCGCGUGCGCGGAUUCAAACCCCGCAGGUUCCGUCCAGCUUGGCAGUGCAUCGGGCGUUGACUUCGGAGCGUGUCGAUACGGAACGAAGCCCGGUUCGCGGCGGUGAUAUUCAGCAAGAAUCUCGUCCUCUUGAGGAGCCCAGCGUUCUAACUGAUGUCGCUGCCAAUUCUGCGCAAGAGGGCUCAUCACUGACAACCUCGGAGGGAAGAGGGAUGCUCCCCGUCCCGUCGGAGCCUGUCGCCUCCGCAUCGGAAGGAGAAGAUGCGAUCUUGCACUAUCCGCCGACUGAGGACGAGAAAGAUGCGGGGCAAGACGCCUCGGAUGCCUCCUUUGAUGUGCCACAGGGAACGUUUCUGUCACCAGAUAUACCCAAGGUGAGUUUUCACUCCGAUCUGUUAUUGACAUAUUUAUCUCGACUAGGGCUCGUCCGACAAAAUCUUGUAUGACGGUGAUCUGGAAUUUCUUCCUUUGCCCGACACGCCUGACGACCCGCUCGAAAACUUGCAUGACGCUCAUGA